GUUUCCUGUUUGCACACUUACUUUCACUUCUAAAGUCACUUCCUCCCCUCAUAAUCACUGAACGCAAUGAAGGAAUUCUAUCAAAUGCAUUAAUGCAAGGCAUUCCACAAGAGAGCCGUGAGAGAGAUUACUGGUUAACUCCACCACCAUGUCGCGUACAAGCAGAGUAGUUCACUUCUCAGAAGAGCCGGAUUCUAUGGAUAAAGCCCUUCCAUUCAGCGUGGAAGAAACUGGAAAUGCUAAUGAUGGAGCAAGUGGAGAGACACUACCUGAAGAAAACUUGGAUAUACAACAGGCCAUCAUUCAGUCUCUUUCCCUAAAUGCAACUUCAAGCAACAGUUCCGCCAAUCCAUGCCUUCAUGUCAUUGUGAAAUAUGGAAAUCUUGAACAACAGAAGGUUGACGUGCUUGCUUUUCCAUUGCUGGCAACAAAUCCAAACUUAAAUGUUUUGAAUAUAACCAAAGAUCUAGAAGCAAAAGCAGGAAAAGAAUUCUCUAACCUGUUUACAACUGUAUUAACACGUGGAAACAAACCAGAUCGUUGUAUUGACCUACCAACUGCUGGGGCAAGAUUUUCCUUGGAUUGUAAACGUGUAAUGUUCAUUAACUGUAACAUUUGGAAUCCUGCUAGUAGUUCUCCGAAAAAGGAUCUUAGAGAUGGGAUCUGUAGAUUUCUGGAUAAAUGUAAUUCUAACAAAGAUGUGAAAUCUGUUGCCAUCUCGGCUAUUGGUACUGGAAGAGUUUUGAACUUUCCCAAUGAACUAGCCGCCACAAUCAUGGGGGAAGAAAUAAAAGGCCUUGUAGACAGGCAUCCCAAUACAAACAUAAAGGAGAUCCAGAUUGUGAUCAAGCAGCUUAAGGAGAAUGAAACUGUAUACAUUGCCUACAGAGAACUCUUACUAGCAAUGGACUUAGGACAACGGAUCAAGCUGUGUAAUGAACAUAGAGGUGAUUUUAAUAGCAUAGCUCUUGGAGACCAUACAAAGAAGACAGCAGGAUGUCUAAAAGUGUCUGUGGUUUAUGGGGACAUUGGUGAAGAAACUACAAGUGCCAUAGUCAACUCCACCAACUUUACAACCUGGGGGGAACAUUCUGUGGCUAAUAGGAUUUUUACAGCAGCCGGAAAUGAUAUUCUUAAGAACGCUCAGGAAGGCCACAACACUGGAAAGAAGUUAGUUGUGACCACAGCGGGUGAACUAUUGUGUGGCUACAUUUUACACUGUGACUGUGGUGGUUCCUUGAACAAAAUCUGUGAACUUGUCACAGAAAUCCUAAAUACAUGUGAACAUUUGGGACUGGAGUCUGUGGCUAUCCCAGCUAUUGGAACAGGUGAAUGCAAGUUCCGUCCUGAGCAUGUGGCUAAAUGUAUUAUGGAAGGCAUCCUACCUGUUACACAGAAACCAGGUCUGAAAUGCCUUUCUUGUGUGCGGCUGGUUGUAUAUAGCCCAUAUAUUUACCAUACUUUCUGUGCUGAGCUAAACAAGCACUUUAUCUGAUCAAUGAAGAACGUUCGCAGUCUGAAUAGUACGUUGAGAAAGUGUAUACCGACUACAGGACAAACCCUCACCAUAUUGUUGCCUUAUUUAACAGAUAUAUUUGAAUAGUGGAAUUUGAAGACUCAUUAGCUUGUCGGAUCAGCCAAAUAAUCUCCAGUGAUAACCUUUUUAUACAUACACAGAAUUACCUCAGAAUCUAGAAUUUAAUUAUUAUUUUUUUUUCAAGUGAAUACAAGCACUAAGUACACUGCACCAUCAGGACUUCUGAGAUUAUGCACAGUGUAAUCUUGAAGAGAAUGUAGCACUGCCUCCUUGUCAAACAGCUGAUCAAUGGAACCCCCACCCAUCAGAUAUUGAUGACCUAUCCUGAGAAUAGGUCAUCAAUGUCUACUGCCUGCACAACACCUUUAUAUUCCAUCUAUGUAGCCUGAUGUCUCCAUUUUACAGAAAAUGUGUUACUAAAUUAUUGGCCAUUUAUGAAGGAGUUAGGAUUUGAUAAAAUGCAUGAGUCAACUUUGGCUUACUGACUUCACAGCCCUGCUUAGCUAUAUAACCAUAGUUCUAAUUCUUUGGUGAUACUCCCCAAUACAGUAUAUACAUCACAGAAAACUCAGGAGGCCAAUAGUGCCCAAUUAAAAUAUAUCAAUGAAUUAACAUACAAGUGAAAAUGUAAUGAAGCUAAGACUAUAUAGACAAGUAAAAAAUAGCUACUGUGCUCCUAAACCCUAGCCCAAUACAGUCACAGUGGAGGUCACCAAAUAUAUGACAAUAGGGCAAAAUACUAAGCGUUACAGCUCAAAAUGCAAGGACUGUCUACCAGUGUGGGCCCUUACAUACAGUAUGUUUCACUCUACUUUUGUCGGUAGGCAAUAUGGGCAAUUAGCUAUAGACAGUGGCGGGUCGACGUUUACCUUGUAUGAAAGGGCAAGUCUGACAAAAAUGCAAGAACAUAGUCGCCCAUGAUCUAACUGUACCUCUUAAUUUUUGGCCCAAUUAGGCAACCUCCACUGUGUGUUAGGAUAGGGUCCAGAGGUGCUGCAACUAUUGCUACUUGUUGCAUGAUAUAGAAGUGCAA